GAAUGUGUGGCUACCAGAAACAUCUUCCCACAGUGAAAAAUCCUUCCAAACCAUGGUGACAGAGCUAUAAAGAUUUCACUGUGGUGAGAUUUCAAGCAGGACUAUAGAUUGGCAGAAAUAGCACUAAUCUGAGUCAAGAAAUCUGAGCUAUAUGAACUUGGGUAGGUCCCUUCCCUGGGCCUCAGUUUCUGCAUCUAUGAAAUGAGCCUGAUAAUAAUUCCUUGAAUUUAUAUAAUGCAUUGGUAUUUGCAGAGAUUUUACCAUCUAUUAUUUCAGUGUAGCCUCAUAGCAGACAGAGCAGACACAGUUAUUAUUUUUAUGAAGGCUCAGAAAAUCUGAGGAAACUUGACUAGAUCUCUUCUAUUUCAAACAUUCUAUUAAUAUGAUGAAUCUGUAUAAGUAAUCUCUACAAUAAGUCAGUAGCAUGAAUCCCAUCUUCUCUUGACUUUGGCCUUAUCAUUUUUUAAUACGAUUUUAAAAAAUCUGAACCCAUCUUUUAGGGGGAAUCCAUUAUCGUUGGUUCCUGAUAGGCACUCCAUUUUGUCUUCUCAGUUUUCCACACUUGUAGCAAAACAAGCCAAGAAGAGGAACAGACACAGCCUUGGUAGUUGUGGCCUGGCCCUCAUUCUACAGAUAUGGCAAACAAGGGGAACAAGAAGCAUCCGCAGUCCUCCCUGGAGGAGAAAAUAGUUGUGGAAGCUGUAGACUCAGGCAAGAGGAAAGGCAAUGUGGCAAAAGAAUUUGGCAUUACUCUUUCUACUCUGUCUACACUAAUACUGAAGGAUCGUGCCAAAUUUGAAGAAAAGAUGCAGGAGGCAUGUAUGGGACCUCAGCAGAAAAGGAUAAGGAAUGCUUUUUAUGACGACAUUGAUAAGGGUGUUUUUGCCUGGUUUCAAGAAAUCCUUGCCAAAAACGUUCUUGUGACUGGUUCUGUCAUUUGGAAAAAAGCACUAAACUUGGCCAAUAUGCUUGGCUAUGACAAUUUUCAAGCAAGUGUGGGCUGGCUGAACAGACUUCAGGAUCGCCACUAAAUUUCUUUGGAAGCAGUCUGUAGAGGGGAGAGUGAGAGAUUAAUGAAAGUUAAUAAGUGGCAUGCAGAGGAAAUCAUAAAACUAGUUGCUGACUUCAGCCCAGACGAUAUCUUUAAUGCUGAUGAGACAGGAAUGUUUUUCCAGUUGCUUCCCCAGCACACACUUGCUGCUAAAGGGGGCCAUUGUCGAAGGGACAAGAAAGCGAGGCAGCAGUUGACAGCACUCUUUUGUUGCAGCACUUUAGGAACUGAAAAAAUGAGACCGUUGAUUGUUGGUAGGUCAGCCAACCCACACUGCCUCAAGAAUGUCCAUUCCCUCCCCUGUGACUACUGAGCCAACCAGCAGGCAUGGAUGACACGGGAUCUGUUUAAUGAGUGGCUGAUGCAAGUGGAUGCCAGGAUGAAGCAGGUGGAAUGCUGGAUCCUUCUGCUGAUCGACAAGUGCUCUGCUCACAGCAUGCUUCUUCCACGCUUAGAAAGCAGUCAGGUGUGGUUUCUGCCCUCAAACUGUACUGCCGUCCUGCGGCCACUGAACCUUGGCAUAAUUCAUACCAUGAAAGUGCUGCACAGGGGCCACCUUCUACAACUGAUCCUCCUCAAGUUCAACAGCAGUGAGGAUAAAGAAAAAGUGGACAUCAAGCAGGCUGAUGACAUGAUUGCUGCAGCAUGGUGGUCAGUCAAGCUGUCCACAGUGGUGAAAUGCUGGCAGAAGGCAGUCAUCGUCCCUGUGGAGCUGACAGAUUCUGACACAGAAACAGUCACCGGUGAACCAGGUAUUGCCACUGAAAAGUUGUGGCACUUGGUGGCUCUUGCCACCUGUGUCCCAAAUGAAAUAAAUUUCCAAGACUUUGUCACUGCAGACGAUGACCUCAUCAUCUCUCAGGAGCUGUUGGACACAGAGGUAAUCCAGGACAUGGGAGCCAGCCAAAGUACUGAUGAAGCUGUAAGUGAAGAAAAGGGGGAGGCAUCUUUACCACAGCAGCCAAAAAUCACCAUCACAGAGGCCAUCUCAAGUGCACAGAAACUUAGAUGGUUCCUUUCCACCUGUGCUGGUGUUCCUGAUGCCAUUUUUGGACAGCUAAAUGGCAUAGAAGAAUAUUUAAUGAGAAGAGUGAUGCAAACUCUUGUUGAUUCCAAAAUUACAGAUUUCCUCCAAACAAAAUAAUGUAGCAAUUAACUGCCUCUUUUAAUUCAGAGGAUGUAGUUUAUAAGAAUAAAUUUCUUUAGAUAGGAUAUUGAACUUAAAUUUUGAGCAAUAUUAUGACAACAUUCCAGUUUUCUGAAAUAAUCAAGAAACUUUCUUGAAUGGAAUUUGGGACCCAAGGCUUUUCAUUUCUAAUAAGUUCCCAGGCGAUGCCAAUGCUGAUGUGGUCCAAGGCCCGUGCCUGAGAACCACUGGUCCUGCUGGGUUCUACCAUUUCUCUUUUUAACUAGCCAUCUAAAUACUCCCAAUCACUAACUGUCAGAAAAAGAAAAAAAGCAUCAGCUGUUCUUACUCUAGAGCUGUAACUCCUUCCUGCUGAUCUAGUAACUCCAGAACCUUCUUAGCUAUCCUCCUGAAUGCCCUACCAAGUAUUCAGUAGAGGUACAUCUAUGUCAAAAGAAUUACCAAGAGCCAUCUAGCCUAUCAAAGCAUCUUUUAGUACUUCAGGAUUAUUAUCAGUAGGGUGCCAGAGUAUGGGGAAAUAAAGUGCCUGAUAGAGGAGACAUGCUACAACCUGGAAAGCAUGGUAAUACCGGUGUACCUCUCAAACCCAGGCAAGGCGUGAGGAACAUUUAUAAGAGAAAUGACCUGUGUGAGAAUGUUUGGAUUAUUCGGAUAAUCCACAGUGGUCCUCUGCACACCAGUGGAUAACCCAGCCUGGACCAUGUCAUUAAUACAAGGGCACACUGUUUGCCUUCACUACAAUUACUUCAUUGCUGUUGUUCAGUCGCUAAGUCAUGUCUAACUUUUUGUGACCCCAUAGACUGUAGCCCACCAGGCUCCUCUGACCGUGGGCUUUCCCAGGCAAGAAUACUGGAGUGGAUUGCCAUUUCCUUCUCCAAGGGAUCCUUCCAGGUCAAGGAUCAAAUCUGCAUCUCCCACACUGGCAGGUGGAUUCUUUACCACUGAACUACCAGGGAAGCCCAUAAAUCACCCUUGUUCAUUUGUAUUUGUUUUUCAAAGAGUCUGUGAGAGCAGAGUUAAGUUACUUAAAGCUGUAUAAA